AUGAAGGAGGUUAAUAAGGCUUUAGAUAUUGUUAAGCACGUUGUUUCGCUUAGAGGUUGUGAAGAUGUAGUUGAUGAAGAAAAAGAAGAGUUAGAGUUUGUGGAUAGUGAUUACGAGUUUAGUGAAGAUGAUGAGGCAAACAAAGGUUGUAAUGUAGACAUCAAUAUGCCUUGUGAUGAAGAAUUGAAUGUUGAGACUGAAACACAAGGGCCAGGAGAGAUUUCUGAUGAUGGGGCAGAUUCUGAUACUUUAUAUUCUGAUGGGAACACCUCAGAUGAUGAGAAUACCAGUCGACAUGUAACAAAAAAGCAGAGGAUUUGCCUACCAAAGUUCAAGCAAUAUAGGAGAGCUAUUGACCUUAAAAAUCCAGAGUUUCAUUUAGGGAUGAAUUUGCAAAUCGAGAGCACUUGA